ACAAAAUUAAAACAGCGCGAUUGUUGUGCUAGCGCCCUCUAGCGAAUCGAUCAUUAGCAUCCCCCGGAUCCCGAGCGGAGUUGUAGGCCUACACUACAGUCUUCAGCAAAAUGUUGGUUCUGGUGUUAGGAGAUCUUCACAUACCUCACAGGCAGAGUGGCUUGCCAGCUAAGUUCAAGAAGCUACUAGUCCCUGGCAAGAUCCAGCACAUAUUAUGCACUGGCAACCUGUGCACUAAGGAGUCCUAUGAUUAUCUCAAGACACUUGCCAGUGAUGUUCACAUUGUCAGAGGAGACUUCGAUGAGAAUGUCUCCUACCCAGAGCAAAAGGUGGUUACUGUUGGCCAGUUUCGCAUCGGUAUAUGCCAUGGUCAUCAGAUGAUUCCUUGGGGUGAUGUGGAGAGUCUGGCUAUGGUUCAGAGACAACUGGAUGUAGAUAUCCUCAUCUCAGGACAUACACACAAAUUUGAAGCAUUUGAACAUGAGAAUAAAUUCUACAUUAAUCCAGGCUCAGCCACUGGAGCGUUCAAUGCUUUGGAAAGCAACAUCAACCCUUCCUUUGUGCUGAUGGACAUCCAGGCAUCCACAGUGGUCACCUAUGUGUAUCAACUCAUUGGAGAAGAAGUCAAAGUUGAGAGAAUAGAGUAUAAGAAAAACUAACGGUUGGCUUAAGGACACCUUACAAACGUUGCAUCUUGAUUGUGACAUUGCAUUAAUUUGCACACUUUGUACAUAUAUAGUUAGGCCUUUUUUGAAAUUCCUCUUGGAAAAAAACCACAACUUUUGUACUUCAUGGUAUCCCUGCCCAUUCAAAUUGCAAUGGUUUGUGGUGUUUACUUGGACAGCAAUUAUGUAUAGAUCAAGAUGACAAUGAUUAACUAACCUACACUCUAUAUCAAUGAUCACAAUAGGCUUUGAUCCUGUAUCAUUACAUUUAACCAAUGUAUUUUUGGCAAAAAAUUAUGCCUGUGUAUUGUUUACAAUUUGGCACAUAGGAACAUUGAUAAUUCCAUCACAAUAGUGUCAGGUCCAUUGGUCCUUGAACUGCAUCGUAAGACAUUUUAUUUAGUCACUGAUGAAUCAAUCAAAUCAUAUCAGUAAGAAUCUACGUAAUCAGUGAUUAUAUUUUGCAAUGCACCAUAUUUGUUUAGUAAAAUCAUCACACUUUACCAGGUUUCAUACCUUUUUCACUGGGUAUGACUGUAUAUAGCAAUCUGGCUUGAUAUUGGAGUUGGAAUUCUCUUUGGAAAUUUCAAUUAAUUUAUGAAAGUUUCAUAGCAUGGCUGUAAAAUGAAUUGGCAAAGAAUAAGACAUUAUUUUCGUUCCCUUUAGAAACAAAUACUGAAAGAGUUACAUUUCUUACUUCAAACUGUGUUUGUAUCAAAUAGAUAAAAAUGCCCAACUUUGCUGUUUCCGCUAGUGUACUUCCACAGCCAGGAAAUAAUGUUCUGAUGAGGGUGCACACAUUACUGAUUUCCAUAGAGCAUCAAUAUUCUGAUGUGUUUCUUGUACCUGAUAGGUAGAUAGUAGACUUGUAUUCGAGUCAUCAAAGAUCGAGUCCCGAGUCAUGAAGGUCCAGUCCGAGUCCGAGUCACAAAGAUCGAGUACGAGUCACAAGUCACCUGUAUGUACAUUGGACAUUAUUUUUGAGGUACUGCUGAAACCUCAAAGUGUGAAUGCUUCCAUUUUUGUCAGCUAAUUUAAUGAACUGAAAAUACAUGUAUAACAUGUCAAAAAAGGCAAGCCACCAGUGUCUGGAAAGGAUAUGGAAUACUAUUAAGUUUGCAUUUAUGCAACAUCAAGUGUGGACGCUGUGGUACAUGUUUCGAUACAUUUAUUUCCCAAAUCAAUACAUCGGAAACAAGCCAGCUGCACACGCUGUGUAUUUACAGUACUUGCGUUUCUUGUGCACCGAAUUGAGUGACUAUCGCUUGCUCAGGACAGGAUCGUCUAUAAAAUAAUUUGCGACUAUAUUGUUGAAAAAAUAAGUGAUAUGAGGCAGUUUUGGUCCGAGUCCGGAGUCACGCAGGGGUCGAGUCUGAGUCCGAUUAAUUUGUCACCAUUUCUCGAGCCCGAGUCACGGAAAAUAGGACUCAAGUCAGAAAGUCCGAGUCACGAGUCAUACAAGUCUGGUAGAUAGAGAGACCUCCAAAAACUGUCUUGUGGAGUAUAUUAAGGGGUUUCUUACAAAUGCUUUCUAUUGAACUCAAACAUAUUUAUAUUAUUGUCAGUUAAUGAGUAUUUUGAUUUGAGCAUUUUGUCAGUUAUGUCCAAAUAAACUACACUGUACUCAAGAAUUGCAGUAUCAUUACAUCA